GACAGGUAUCGGCCGUCGGCCAUUUUACAAAGUAGUAAAGUUUUGUCACCUAAUUUCUAACGGAAUAGCGUUGAUUUUAUAUGGAAUUAUAAGCUUAUUUGGAAAUAUUGUUAAUAACCAGUCCAAAAGUGGGCUGCAUUUUUAAGUGUUUUGUUUCAUGCACUGAUGAAGGAGUAAUACAGGAUGUCGUCGAGGGACGUACAGAAUUUCGAGACGGGGAGGAUUAGUGCUCUCCGUGAUGAGAGAGUUUAUAUACAGAAAAAGACGUUCACAAAAUGGGCAAAUGCUUUCUUAGAAAAGGCUCGACUGGAGAUACAUGACCUGUUUAAAGACCUGUCAGAUGGAAAGAUUCUUAUGAAACUUCUGGAGAUUAUUUCUGGAGAGAAUCUUGGCAAACCAAACAAGGGCAUUUUACGAGUACAGAAAGCAGAAAACCUAAACAGAUGUCUUACCUUCCUAAGGACAAAGGUAUAUUUCGAGAAUAUUGGAGCAGAAGACAUUAUGGAUGGCAAUCCCAGGCUGAUCCUUGGUCUUAUAUGGACAAUCAUCCUUCGAUUCCAGAUCCAGGAGAUUGAAAUUGAAGUGGAUGAGGAUGAUGAGGGCAGUGAGAAGAGGUCUGCCAAGGACGCGCUGUUACUUUGGUGUCAGAGAAAAACUGCUGGAUAUCCAGGUGUGAACAUUACAAAUUUCACCAACAGUUGGAGAAAUGGACUUGGAUUUAAUGCUCUUAUCCAUGCUCACAGACCUGACUUAAUAGCAUAUGAACACCUAGAUCCAGCAGAACAUAUCCCUAACUUGAACAAUGCCUUCAAUGUGGCCGAUGAUAAACUUGGAAUUCAUAAGAUCUUGGAUGCUGAAGAUGUGGAUGUACCAAAGCCGGAUGAGAAAAUCAUUGUUACAUACGUGGCCUCCUACUACCAUUAUUUUGCCAAGAUGAAGAGUGAGAUGACAGGAGGAAAAAGGAUUGCCAAGAUUGUUGGUUCAAUGUUAGAACUAGAAAAAAUGGUAGAUGAUUAUGAGAGUCUGACUACAGGCCUGCUUGAGUGGAUCAAAGCAAAGAUUACUACACUCAAUGACAGAAACUUUCCCAACUCUCUGGAAGGCAUACAGAAAGAAUUAAUCUCAUUCAAGGACUACAGAACUGUAGAAAAACCACCAAAGUUACGAGAGAAAGGAAACAUAGAAGCAACAUUUUUCAACAUACAAGCUCGACUGAAGGCAAAUGGUCAGAAAUUGUACAGUCCUCCAGAAGGGUUCCUUAUACAUGAUAUAGAAAGCGCAUGGAUGUUACUGGAGAAAUCGGAACAUGGUCGAGAAACUUCACUCAGAGAUGAAUUAAUCAGACAAGAGAGAUUAGAACAGUUAGCACAAAGAUUUAGGAGAAAGGCUGAGAUUCGAGAGUCGUGGUUAAUGGACAUGAUGCAGAUAUUGGAUGAGAAGAUGGUCUGUAACAACGCUGCUCAGGCCGAGGCAGCCAUAAAAAAACAUGAAGCCAUCAGUGCUGAGAUCCUUGCUAGGAAAGACCGAUACAAGGCAUUAAAUACUCUUGCUGUGGAACUCGUUCAAGGCAAUUAUCAUCAGAAAGAGGCUGUACAGAAAAAGGAUGAAUAUAUUAGAAUAAAAUGGCAGGAAUUGUUGGACAAGCUCGAACAAAGGAAGAAGACACUGGCCGGAUUUAAUAAUCUAAUGGCAAUGUUCCGAGAAAUAGAAACCAUUCAAGAGGAAUUGAAAGAAGUCGAGCACAAAGUGAAAGUAGAGGACUGUGGCAAGCACCUGCAGGCCACGGAAGACUACCUACAACAACACAGUCUCCAGGAAUCUCAGCUCCACUCACUGGCCAAACGAGUCCGAAACCUGAACAGACGUUCCAAAUCAUACGCUGACCCCAACCAUCCAGAGAUGAAAGUCCUUGAUCAAAGAUUAGAUACACUAAAUUCAGAAUUAGAAAAAGUGAACAAUCUAAGCAGCAAGCGUAAAAAGAAUCUUGAGGUUGCCAAGGCCUACUUCCAGUUUCUGCAGGACUCGGAGGAAGAGGAGAGAUGGGUGCUUGAGAAAAUUGGUCUCGUCAAACAGACAGAUAUUGGCAAGGAUCUUAAUGCUGCUUGUGUUCUCCUGAAACGUCAUGAGCAAAUUGAAGCUGAAAUGGCAGGCCGCUUCCCAGUAUGUGAGCAGGUGUGCGGUAAAGGUCAGGAUUUAGUGAACACAGGUCACAGAGCACGGUCAGAGAUUGGUUCCCGCAUCAAGUCUUUGAUGGACAAGUGGAAACAGCUACAGGAAAUGGCAGCUUCAAGGAGAACUAAACUUGAGGAUGGCAUUGAAGCUCAUCAGUAUUACGCAGAUGCAAAUGAAGCAGAAUCUUGGAUGAAAGAGAAGAUGCCACUAGUUACAAGCGACGACUAUGGGAAAGAUGAGGGCAGUGCCCAGACACUACUUUCCCGACAUAACAGACUGGAAGGCGAGAUAAAGGCCUUUGGUAGUGAAAUUAAACGACUAGAUGAACUCGCUCAACUUAUGACCAAGGCUGCAAGCGAACACAAUAUAAGUGUAGAAAAGUUCAAGCCUACUGAGAAUGGAGAAAAGUCAGAUGAUGAAAUGUAUGAAGAUGAAGUAGUGGAAAGACCACAUGAGAUAGAAGUUGAGGAGAUUCAGGAAAAGGAGGUAUUACAAGAUUAUGUAGAGACACGUAAAAUACCACAGGUUAAAGCUGCAUACACCUACAGAGGACAAGGCAUGACUAUAGAGAAAGGGGAGGUGAUGACGUUAAUCCAGAAGACAAAUAAUGACUGGUGGCAGAUAAAGAAGAGCGACGGUGUUGAAGGUUUUGUACCUGCUAAUUACGUUAAGGAACAUGAUCCAAAAGUUGUUAAGAAGGUAGUACAACGGCCAGUGAAAGUUCCGGAAAAGGUCAUAGUGAAAAAGACUGUGAUGAAGAAAGAGGUUGUGAAAACAAAGGCAGAGAAACCAAGCACACUGAGGAGAGCACCUUCAAUGAGAUCAAAGUCGAACCUUCACUUUGACAAGGAGAAUGUGGAGUCACGUCAGAAGAACAUAACCUUGACAUUCAACAAACUGCUGAAGCUUGCACAGACUAGGAGAAUAAGUUUGGAGGAUGCCAGCAAAUUGUUCAAAUUCUACCGAGAAUGUGAUGAGUUUGAUAUCUGGAUGAAAGAGAAAGAAAUUCUGCUUACAAGCAAGGAAAGCCUGUCUGAUAAUAUGGAUGCUGUCAGAAAGAAAUUUGAGCAACUGCUAACUAAUAUAGCAGCUAACAGUGGUAGGUUGUCAGAUAUCAACAAAUUGGCAGAGGACAUCUUGAAACGGGGGACCAGUCAGAAAGAUAAAGUUAGAAAACGACAAAAAGAGAUCAAUGACAGGUGGGAGCGGUUAAAUAAGCUGAAAAUGGACAAGGAAAAGAAUCUUCAAGGGGCUUCAAGUAUAGAACUGUUCCAGUCCACAUGUGAUGAGCUGGUAGAAUGGAUUAAAGAGAAGGACAAUGUUCUCAGUGCUACUGAUGAUCUUGGUAAAGACCUGAAAGCCAAUCAAGCACUCCAAAGGAAACAUGCUAAUCUGGAGCGUGAACUCGUGCCUGUCCAAGAAAAGAUGAACAGAAUGGAAUAUCUAGCUGGAGCUGUAAAGUCCAGUUACCCAGAAGAGUCUGGCUAUGUUGAUAAGAGGCAGAAGGAGCUAGAUAAAAUGUGGAAAGACCUCAUGGACAAAGCAGCAGAGAGGAAAAGGAAACUUCAAGAACAAGCAGAGAGACUACAGUUUGAUGACAGUGCUAAGGAACUGUCAAGUUGGGCAGGUCAGACGAAAGCUAAACUAAAGAAUGCUGAAAUACCCCAGAAUGUGCAAACAGCAGAAAACUUGUUGAAGGAACAUAAGGACCUGGCUGAGGAUAUAGAUGCACAUAAACCUGUGUUUGAGCAAGUAGAUGCACUUGGAGUUGCUGUGUUGGGGAAGACACCAAAUGCUCAAGACGUUAAGGAUAAGAUGAAAAAAUUAAACGAUGAUAAAGAGGCAAUUGAUGAAAUGUAUCAGAAACGCCUAAAAGAUCUACAGGAUGCCUAUGACCUACAGGUGUUCAAUAAAGAAGCAGACCAGAUUGAUUCAGUGACUGGCAACCAUGAAAAGUUCCUCAGUCGAUCUGAUCUAGGGUCUGAUGUGGGUGAUGUUGAAGCUCUGUACAAGCGGCACGAGGACCUAGAGAGUACAUUACAGGCCCAGGAAGAGAAACUGAAGGGCCUCAAUGACCUGGCUGACAAACUCAUUGCUGAUGGACAUCCUGAUAAAGACCAUAUUGAUAAGCGACGUAAUGAGGUGUUAGCUAGAAGACAGAAAGUAAAAGAUCAGGCAGCAGAGAGACACAAUGCUCUUCUUGGUUCCCAGGCCUUCCAAGAGUUUAAACGAGAUGCAGCUGAGUUGUCACAGUGGAUGAAGGAGAAGCACAAGACCGCAACAGACGAAUCUUACAAAGAUCUGACCAAUCUGAAGGAAAAGUUGAAGAAACACGAAGCCUUCGAGCUCGAAUUGAAGGCAAAUAAUGCCAGACUUAACCAAUUGAAUGAGCAAGGAAAUGCUUUGGUAGAAGAUGAGCACCCUGCUACCUCGGACAUACAGAAGACACUGAAAGAUUUAAACACACAAUGGAAAGAUCUUUAUGAUAAAUCUAUGGAUAAAGGUCAGAAGUUACGACAAGCAUCUGACCAACAUGAUCUGAAUAAAGCACUUGCUGAUGCACAGAAUAAACUGGAUGAGAUGGAGAAGUCUGUUGCAAACCCGGAUGUUGGUUCAGACCUGAGAGGAGUGAAGGACCUGCUCAAGAAGCACCAGGGUCUGGAGAACGACCUUCAGACAUUGGAUGAUCAAAUCAACACAGUUGUAAGCAAGGGACAGGCCCUUGCAGACGCGGGUCACUUUGAUAGAGUAGGAAUUCUCAAGGCUGUUGACCAGUUCCGUAAAAGGUUUGAGAAGUUAAAACCAGAAGUUGCAAAUCGUAAGGCCCGUCUGCAAGACUCCCUUCACUUCCACCAGUUCAGGUUUGACGUGGACGACGAAUUACAGUGGAUCAAGGAGAGAUUGCCGGCAGCUGCCUCCACAGAGUACGGCAAGAGCCUGACUGAUGCCCAGAACCUACAGAAGAAACAACAGAAACUUGACCUUGAGAUCCAAGGUCAUUUACCAAUUAUAGAGAAAGUUCAAGGUCGUGGUGACAAACUGAUUGAAGAGAGACAUAUAAAUGCCAAACCGAUCAAAGACAAACUACAGGAAUUACAAGUUUCUUGGGAUGACUUGCUCAACAAAGCCAAAAUACGCAAGAAAAAUCUGGAUCUUUCUGUUCAGAUACAAAGAUAUUUAUCUGAGGUGAAUGAAAUAGAGAACUGGAUUAAUGACAAGAUGUCACUGGCAUCUAGCACGGAUUAUGGUAAAGAUGAAAACGCCGCUGACAAACUGUUGGCCAAGAACAAAGUACUGGAGACGGACAUACAGACGUACCAGGGUAUUGUAUCGGGAGUGGACAGAGAGUGUAAACGCCUCUUCAAAACUGGUUGCCAGGAUCCACAGUCACUCAGAAAAGCACAGGACAAUUUGCAAGAGCAAUUGAACAAAUUGAAACGUCUAGCUGCUGAAAGAACAAAGAAUCUUGAACAAUCAAAAUGGAUGCAUGCUUAUCUGAGAGAGAGUGGUGACUUUGAGGAGUGGAUUAAUGAACAAUUGCAGAAUGCUGCCUCAGAGGAGUACGGACAGGAUUAUGAACAUUUGUUGAUAUUACGUAAUAAAUUUGAUGAGUUUAAAAGAACAGUGGAGUCAAACCAAGAGAGAUUUAGUCGGUGUGAGAGGAUGGCAAAAUGGCUUGUGGAGGAUAAGGGGCCAUACACCAAACAGGUUUUAGAACGUCAGGAGCAGCUAGGUGAUUCAUGGAACCAGCUGUUGGAACAAAUAGAAGCUAGGGACCAGAAACUGUUUGGUGCUGGUGAAAUUCAUAGAUUUAAUAGAGAUGUGGAAGAUGCUCUUACAAGAAUACAGGAGAAAUAUCAGAGUAUACCAGAUGAUCUUGGAAGAGAUACCAAUGCAACACAGAGCUACCUGAAGAAACAUGAAGGAUUUGAGAAUGAACUUAUUGCCCUUGAAGCACAGAUUCAGGUGUUGAUCGAUGACUCAGCAAGAUUACAGCAGGCAUACCCAGGGGAGAAUGCGGACCAAAUAGAACAUCUACAAGCCACUGUGGUGGAGAACUGGGGAAUACUACAGGAUAGGGCCGCACAGAGAAAAGAUGAACUUAUGGCUGCUGCUGAUCUACAUAGAUUUAACUCUGAUGUCCGUGACUUGAUAAGCUGGGCAAAUGAGAUUGAAAGAGAAAUGACAGCUGAAAAGCCAGUCCGUGAUGUUAAUAGUGUUGACCUUGUGCGCACCAGACAUGAGGAACUUCGUGCAGAGAUUGAUACCAGACAAGAUACCUUUAACACUGUGAUAAGAACUGGACAAGAUAUGGUAGAAAAUGAUCACUAUGCCAAGGAUGAGAUUCAAGAGAAAGUGAACCAGGUGAAAGAGGCUCAGGAGAGAUUGAACCAGACAUGGGCCAACAGGAAAGAGUACUAUGACCAGCAGUAUGACUUCCAUAUCUUCUUGAGAGAUGCUCAACAACUUGAUAAUACUUGCUCUUCACAGGAGGCAUAUUUGAGCAGUACAGAUUUUGGAACAGCUGAGGAUCAGGUUGACAUGCUCAUUAGAAAGCAUGAAGCCUUUGAAAACAAACUGACAGUUCAAGAGGAAAAGUUGGAGGCCAUAAAAGAGCAUGGUACACAGCUAAUGGCAGCCAAACAUUUCGAGGCUCCAAAAGUUGAACAAACUUUACAAGGCAUUGUUUCAAGACAAGCCCAAGUACGUGAUCUCAGUGGUCAGAGAAAGCAGAAUCUGGCUGAUUCGAUGUUGUAUGCACAGUUCAGUAGAGAUGUCAUCGAGGCUGAAGGUUGGAUAGAUGAUAAACUUAAGGUGGCGUACGAGGACAACUUUAAGGAGGUGUCAGAUCUACAGGGUAAAAUGAGGAAGCUCCAGAAACAUCAAGCCUUCGAGGCGGAGAUUGUUGCAAAUACAGACAGAAUUGACAAGAUUAAACAGACAGCGGAUGAGAUAAGAUCACCUCGGGACCCUCUUGGAGAGAGUCUGGUAAAGAAGCGUCAUGUGGCCUCAGAUGAUAUUCGUCAGACUGUCACACGGCUGAUGUCAAAAUGGAAUGAGUUACUCAAGGCUUCAGAAAAUCGUGGCAAAGGUCUGGGAGAGGUCAAAGACAUUCUAGAGUUCAAUGAGCAGGUAGACAAAGUGCAGGACUGGAUCAGGGAAAAGGAAGCAUUGAUUCAUGCAGCAGAUCUGGGCAGAGAUUAUGAACAUUGUGUAGAACUUCAGAAGAAAGCCAAUGACCAUGAAUCUGCUGGUAUCACUGUAGAUGAGAAGAGAAUUAAGGCCAUCAACGCUCUAGCAGACAAGCUGAUCAGUCAGGGACGUACAGACACAAGUGCGGUCAAUGAUAGAAGUAAAAACAUGAAUCAAAAAUGGAAGGAUCUUCAGGGAGCAUUGCAAGGUUACAAACAGAACUUGGCUGCUGCCCUCGAGGUACAUUCCUUCAACAGAGACGUGGAUGAUAUAGAUGACCGUAUCAAUGAGAAGUCAGUCUUGCUGUCCUCUGAGGAUCUCGGCAAGGAUCUGGAGGCUGUGCAGGGUUUACAGCGUAAACAAGAGGAGAUCGAGCGAGACAUGACUGCUCUCCAGAACCAGCUUGAGAAAGUUGAGUCCCUGUCAGCUAAACUGUGCAAAAAGUACCCAGAUCGUGCAGGAGACAUUUCAGAGAAACAGAAUGAAGCUCUAGAUAACUGGGAGAAACUGGAAGAACUUGCUGAUCAGAGGAAGAAAAAACUUGCUGACUCAUACCAGCUACAGAAAUUCCUCGCUGAAGCUAGAGAACUUAUUUCAUGGUCCAAUGAUAUGAUCACGAAGAUGAACUCUGGAGAGCUGGGGAAGGAUGUAGCAGAGGCUCUUACACAGUUACAACUCCAUGCUGAAAGGAAAGCUGAGAUUGAUGGACGUAAAGCUCACUUUGCAACAAUUCGAGAACAUGGUAACAAUCUGAUAAAUGAGAAACAUUAUGCGUCGGAAGAGAUACAGAGUAUGGUUGGUCAGUUAGAUAAGACUAAGAUACAGCUGAGUGCUGCCUGGGAUAAGCGACAACAUCUUCUGCAGCAGUGUCAUGAACUUAGGAAAUUCCAAGUUGAAGCGGAACAGGCAGAUGCUUGGCUUGCCAGUAAAGAAGCAUUCCUCACUAAUGAAGACCUUGGUAAUUCACUGUACAGUGUUGAAGCAUUACUGAAAAACCAAGACAGAUUUGAGAAGUUGAUGGAACAGCAGGUGGAGCAAGUGGAGGACGUGAGAGAGUUUGCUGCUAAACUGGAGACGCAGGACCACUACGCCUGGGACGAGAUUAAAGAAAGACGGCAAGCUGUUGAGGAUAGAUACACUCGGCUAAAGGAAAGUUCUAGUGCUAGGAGGACCAAACUUGGAGAUUCCAAAAAUUACCAGUUGUUCUUGAGGAAUCUAUAUGAGGUAUCUACAUGGAUAACAGAAAAGUUGCAGAUUGCUACAGAUGAAUCAUACAGAGAUCCCACAAAUCUUCAGGCCAAGUUACAGAAACACCAGGCCUUUGAAGCUGAAGUAAUGGCCAAUCGUAACCGAGUAGACGCUGUCAUUUCCGAAGGUCAAGGUCUGGUCGAUGAAGAUCAUUACCAGUCAGAAGACAUAAAGAAACGUAUGGAAGAAGUUGAAAUGAGCUGGCAGGCAUUGGUUGCGGCAAGCUCGGAGAAGAAAGAUAAAUUAACUGAUGCGUAUCAAGCUUUGCAGUUCAAUCGUAUUGUGGAUGAUCUGUUGACUUGGAUGGAUGAGGUUGAAAAUCAACUCAUGUCAGAAGAUCAUGGGAAAGAUUUGUCAUCUGUCAAAAAUCUCCUCAAGAAACAUCAGUUACUAGAGGUCGACAUAAACACACAUCAAGAAAAAGUUCAAGAUGUCACUGAUGCAGCUCAGGAAUUUAAAGAAGCUAAACAUUUCUUAAACAAAGAACUUCAGGCACGUGCAAAGGACGUUAAUGAUCGCUAUAGCUCAUUGCACGAGCCAAGUAAUAUUCGUCGGGACAAUCUUGAAGAGGCGUUACUCAUGUAUCAGUUUUAUCGUGAUGUGGAAGAUGAGUUGUCAUGGAUACAGGAUAAGAAACCAAUUGCCGAAUCUACAGACCUAGGAAAUUCUUUAGUGGCAGUGCAAAACUUAAUAAAAAAGCAUCAAGCUUUAGAAUCGGAAAUAGUUGCUCAUGAACCUUUAAUAGACGCAGUAGCAAAUGCUGCACAACAUAUGAUUAAAAGUAAACAUUUUGCGUCUGCAGAAAUAGAAAAGAGAUUAGAUGAGUUACAUUCAGAAUUACAACAGCUUAAAGAAGUGUCUUCUGUUAGAAGGAUUAAACUGCAGGAUGCGCUAGAAUCUCAAAAGUUUUACUCAGAAGUUACAGAGGCGGAGAUGUGGAUGAAAGAAAAGAUGCCAUCAUUAACCAAUCCUGACUAUGGAAAAGAUGAAGAGUCUGUUCAGGUGUUGCAGAAGAAGUUAGAUGCUCUAGAGAGAGAUAUCGACAACUUCCAGAACAAUAUUGGUGAACUUUCUGCACUCAGUAGAACUCUUGUUGACAAGAAUCACUUUGAUACUGAAAAUAUCAAAACUCAACAGGCAUCAAUAGAGAACAAAUACAGUGAGUUACAAGAUUUAACAAGUCAGAGAAGAAAGAAAUUGACAGAGACCCGUUUAAUGUUUGAGUUUUACCGAGAGUGUGAGGAGGUGUCAAUCUGGAUUACUGACAUGGGGGUAAUAGCUGCCUCGGAGGACUAUGGUCAGGACCUGGAACAUGUUGAGAUCUUGCAGCAGAAGUUUGAUGACUUCCAGCACGAGUUGACAGCUAGCGAGGACCGUGUGACCAAUCUGCAUGGGAAAGCUGCUUCCAUGAUAGAAGCAAGUCAUUAUGAGAAGGAGAAAAUAGGGAAGCGUGAUGCUGAGAUCACCCAGAUGUGGACAGAACUAAAGGAGGUUACUAAUGCCAGACAGGAGGCACUGAUGGCAGCCAAACAGGUUCAUAUUUAUGGACGUGAUGCAGAUGACACUUUGGAAUGGAUACAAGAGAAGGAAGGUGUGGUCUCUAGUGAUGACUUCGGCCAUGACCUUGAAAGUGCACAGGCCCUGGUCAGCAAACAUGAAGUCCUUGAGCGAGACCUGGCAGCCAUUAGUGAACAAGUGGAGUCAAUAACAAAGGAAGCAGAGAGAUUGAUCAGUCAGUUCCCUGAUGCUCAGGAGCAUAUAGCAGCAAAACAUGAGGAGAUGGUACAAGCUUGGAAUAUACUGGUGGAGAAAGCAGCCAUGAGGAAAGAGAAACUGAACCAGGCUGAACAGUUACAGUUAUACUUCAAUGACUACAGAGAAUUAACUGCUUGGAUCAGUGAAAUGAUGGCAGUAAUAACAGCCAUGGAGUUCCCACGAGAUCUUCAGGGUGCACAGGCAAGCAUGGCACGCUGGAAGGAGCACCGUGCUGAGGUGGACUCUAGGAAAGACGCAGUCGGCAGAUUCCUUCAGACUGGACAAGUCAUGAUUGAUGACAAACAUUUUCUCAGUGAAGAGAUUCAAGCAAAGAUAACAGACUUAAGUACUGCAUGGAAACUAUUGCUGGCUACCUUGGAACAGACCAGAGUUCUCUGUGAACAGAAUUUGGAAGCACAGCAACUGAAACAUGAGAUGGAACAGUUAGAGGGCUGGAUGUCAGUGCGAGAUAAUCAAACAAAAGACAAGAAUUAUGGUGAUACCAUCACGAUAGUGGAAGAGUUGCUACGGAGACAGCAGGACUUUGAGAAAACUGUAGAUGCUCAGGAAGACAAGUUCACAGCAAUCAAGAGAGCAACAAUGUUAGAAGAGGGAGUUGUUGACAAGAACAAAAAGUUGAGAGAGGCUGAAGAAGCCCGGCGAGAAAAAGACAGGCUCGAGGAGAUGAGAAGAAAAGAACAAGCCAAAAUCAUGGAUAUUCACACUGCAGAGGAGCGCCGUCGUGAGAAGGAUAUGCUAAAGGCACAGGAAAUACUUAAAAGACAGAAGUCAGGUGGUGAUGAAUCAGAGAGUGACGAAGAAGGAAGAGGUUUAGACAAGAAUGCUGCAAAGAAUUUGAUCGGUCGAUCAAGCAGUAUAAAAAUGAACAAGGAAAGCUCAGCAGGUGUACGUCGUGCAAUUAGUUUCCGCACUCGAGGUGAAAGUGAGCUCAGCCAACCACCUCCUGUGUUACAGAAAGCCAAGGAGUUUAGGCAGGGUGAAGGGGUUGUAACCCCACCCCCAGAGGAUUCACAUGAACCUGCCCCUGACUUACCCUCAGCCCCACCGCCAGAGAUGUCACGUGAUGCGAAAUCUCCACUUUCAAAGAAAGAUCACAUGUCCCCACCAAUUAGUCCAAAACAGAAACAUUUUGACCACAUGAAAAGUGAUGAUAAGAAAAAACGGACUGCUAGUUUUAACUUGAGAAGACGGACUAGAAGUUUUAAAGACAAGCAUAAAUUACCGGAAAAUUUACCACCAGCCGAAAUGGAAGGUGCUUUAGAGAGAAAACAGGAGUUACAAAGUGGUGGAAAGAAAGCAACAAUUAGAUCUUGGAAGAACUUUUAUGCAGUUCUGUUUGGACAGUUAUUGUGUUUCUUUAAAGACAGAGAAGGUUAUUUAGAGAAAUUUGCAGCAGCACCUCCACUCAACAUUCAUCAGGCUAUCUGUGAAGUUGCAUCAGAUUAUACAAAGAAAAAGCAUGUGUUACGUUUAAAAUUACAUGAUGGAGCAGAAUUCCUUCUGGAGGCUCCAAGUCAGAAUGAGAUGGGAGAAUGGCUGGGAAAUAUUAACAAAUUUGCUGCGGAGUCGGCCAUGUUUGCUGACAUGGAGUUUAAUCAUAAUGAAGAGGAAGAAGACGGAGAAAUGGCACCAAGUUUUGAUGCAUCAGAAUUAGAGGUACAGCGGUCACCUUCCCCACCAGGCCGUGGUCGCAGUAUAUCACCUACUGAUGGCAUGCGGGUAGAAACUAUACCCGAGGAUGGUGCUGUAUCCCAGCCCCCACCCCAGGCCUCUCCUCGUGGACAGGAGCCGCAGGUCUCUGCUUCUCCUAGGAAGCAGGAACCAGCUGCUGGCAGAUCAGACAGUUUCCGGGAUCAAGCUGUCAAUGGUAAAGAGCCGGCAACCAGCCAGGAAGGCAAUGACAUUAUUAAGUACGCUGUCGAACCAAGGAAACGUCCUGAAGCAUCACCCCGUUCAUCACAGCGCCCUCUGUCUGAGCCUGUAUUGCCACCAGGGGGAGCUCCAGAAGAUCAUGAUGAGAAAGAGAAGAAACGGAAGUCGAUGUUUAGUUUCCUCAAGAAGAAAAAGGAUAAAGAACACCAUGAGGAACACGAGAAACAUAGAGACUCGAAGAAACAUAAAAAAGAUAAAUAAAAUUGAUGAAAGCAUAAAACUGUAAAGUGAACUAGUAUAUAAAUAGAAUAAAGAAAGAUUUAAGUGUAAGAAAGUAGACUGAAUAAAAAACAGUGGUCACAAGUGUGAAAAGGAGUUAAUGAGCAGUUUUCAGUCUGAAUAGUGGCUUGGAUUCUAAAAUAGAAAACAGAAAGAUAUAGAGAUAUUUACAGUGAAGAAUAACGUACAAAGACCAUGUAUGAAAAAAGUGAAAAUAUGAGUUUAUGAGACUGAGGAUGUAUGUGUUGAAAACCCUCGGUACUAAACAAAUGAUUGCAUAGAAACUGGUUUUAGAAUACUGGAGACUUUGAUCCAGUCGAGGUUGAUGCGUAUAAUUCUGAGAUGGGAGAACAAAAUUGACUCUUGAAAAACAAACUGUUGUUGCAACAUUGUGUUUAUCAAUAGUUAAGGAAUAUAAAUAAAUAAAUAUAAAAUGCCAUUCUGCUGUGAUAAAAUAUAGUUGAAGGCAACCAUGACCAUAUAUUUCUAUAUUCUGAACAAUGUUUUACAGAAGUAAAUAGUCAUAAACAUUUAUAUGGGUAUAUCAGAUUAUAGUUAGUGUAUUAACAGCUCAUUCUGAACCAUGACACACACUGCUUGUCUGUAAGCUUGACUUUAGAUCCCCAAGUAACCGAUUCUUGUUAACUGAAAAAGUAUUUGAAAUAAAUUUAUUGUGAAAAUUUUCACAGUACUUUUGCCAAUUUAAAUAGAAGUUUUAGGUUCGGAACUGUAAAUUCUUUUUUAGGCAGUUUAGUUUUUGAUCAUAAGUUUGUAAUUAGAUCAUUCUGAUGAUAUUACCAAUUCACAAUUGAUAUUUAGAUUAGAAAGUACCUGUUACACUGAUUUUAUAGAAGUUUUAAUUACAUUGUUGACUAGGUCUUUCCUUUAGUUCACAGAAAAGUUUUUAUGUACAAGGAUUUAUAUUUCAGUAAUAACAUGAUUUGAAAUGUGAAGAAUUAACUGUAAAUAUUCUAUGCUGACAGUAGGUUGAAUAUCCACUGACUUUUUUGUGUUCAAGAGAGAAUUAUUAAUAUAGUUGUAGAUAUAUACAGCAGAGUUGAUAGAUUUUAUAUAAUGCUUAGCUUAUAUAUAAAUGUUAUAGAAAUAUUUUUUAAUGUGCCAAGUAUAUUGUAAAGUUGUGUUUAGGAUUUCAUUUUUUGCAUCUUACAUGAGUCUGUACUCGGCUACGCAUUCACAGUCAUACUGUUUUUCUCUGUAAUCUUAUAUAGUAUUUCUUCCUAGUGCGGUAUAAUUCUCAAAUAUUAUAUUUCAUUUUGCACUGGCACUUCAAAAAUAUACACUGCUGAAAAACAGAUUGUUUUGAAAUGGCAAGUAUAGAUAGGAACUACUUUUUGAUAGAUUUUUUUGUGUGCCUAUUAUUGCUUCUUUUGCGGGUUAAUGUAUACACAGAGAUGUUUGUUGUUUUGUUUGUGUUUACUGGUUUAUUCACCUCAUAUAAGCAAAAUGGCUUGUACAUGUAAUAAAGUGUUUUAUUGUAUUCGGGGUAAUAGAAUCUUUACAGUUUUUGUUGCAAGUGCUUGUAGGCGAGAUUUAAACCGAAAGUGCUUGGGCUAAAUUUGUUUUUGUUAUAGUAUGGGUGAAUGAUAAUGAGUUAUAUACUUGAUAUAUUGUGCUUGUUGAAGCAAGAAAAAUAAUGUUAUUAACAUAGUCACUAUGUAGAUAAUUUUAUAUACCGGUUCAUAGGUAACAGAACACAAAUAUACAGUUGACAGUAAAAUCCAUAAUUUAUUUUUGUACAAAGUAUGUAGCUUCUUAGUAUCUAUACUGUCUGUUAUUACAGUUACGAUGAGAAAUUUAGUAUAUACUUACCUAAUUACGUCCCUUUAACAUUUUUCUAUCAGAUAAUAAAGGAAUAUAUGAGCUCUUUUUUGGUAUUUCUGAACAGGAGCCAGAAUUAUUGAUCAUAGUUUUCCAGCAUAGGGACCAAUACCAUUUUUGAUGCUUUAUAAAUGGGGCCAAUGUUAUUUUUCAGUGUAGGGGCCGGUUUUUAAGAAUAUUUCUCAGUGCAGGGACCAGUGUUGUUUUAGAGAGGUACAGGACAAGGGCAGACGUUAAGCAAGGCCUUAUAACCACUAAUAUAGGCAUGAACAAAAAACAAGUACGCUGUUUUGUUUUGGGUACAAGUAGGAUUGGAGACCGGUCUCGGUGUUUUGUGUACCAGUAGAAUUGGAGACCAGUCUCAAUGUAUCAACUUCUGAUUGGUUGUUUCCGUUUCAAAUUUGACCAAUGACAAGGUUGCAUUCCAAGACUGGUAGGCAAACACAGUUAGCUUCUCUGCCCAUACUUUCCAUUCAGUCUGUCACAUUAUCAUUUGCAAGUAAAAUAUAAAUAGAUUUUAAAUUGGCAUUCCUGAAACAUAUCAAUCUUGAUUUGGGCAUUUACGAAUUGUGUUGAUUCUUUCGAGAUGCUGGAUUGUCACUUUAUAAUUUUUCGAGUUAACAUUUUUCAUUCAUAUACAAUUUGCAUUAUACAAAGUCAACUUUGAGAAGAAAUAGAAAUCUAUUUAUAUCAAAUUUUAUGGAAACAAAAAAUGUUCUGUUUGCAUUCCAUUUUAAGCACAAGAAUCCAAGUUCAGCUUAUAACUGUGCUCUAUAACUGUUGUUUAAUCAAGUUUUUAUAAUUUGUCUUCCAAAUUAUGUUUAAAUUUUGAACAGUGUGAAAAGUUGCAGUUUUUGCCAGUUUAAAACAAAGCAAUAAAAUCAGUUUUUGUGUUUCAUAACAAAGGUAACACAUACAAUUUGUUAUUCGGUCCAGUUAUGCCACUAACAUAUUUUGAUACUUUUUCUUUAUAGUUUUGUAUAAAUAUUAAGUAACACUGCUUUAGACACUUAAACAUGAACAUAAAAAAGAUAAUAAAAAUAUUUUCUAAGCAAUAAUAUUUUGAUACCUAACAGUUUUACAUACAUGUAAUUAUAAAACCGAACAUUUUUUUUUUCAUCUUAACAAUUUCUUGCUUAGCUAGUUUAAAAAAAAUCUUAUUUUUGAGAUUAUUCGCAAAAUAAUUUUUCUCCAGAUAAUUUAUUUGUACAAGUUUGUUUGAAACGCAAACAGCUGUAUAUGAAAUGGUUAAUUCCUGGCAAGCAUUAAAGCUAUCAUGUAGGUUUUUAUAAAAUUUCGCUUGUAUCAUCGUCAUCAUAAAAUGAUGGUGGAGUAUAUCAUUUGUUGUCUUUAUAUUGAAUAUAUAUUAUGCAAUAAACAUAUUUUUAUAAUGA